CCUUCCUUCUUAACCGAACGUCACGCCCGCUGCCAUGUUCGCCACGUGAGCGGAACUGACGCCACAACUGUACCCUAGCAACCGUUACCAAGGGCCUUGGCGACUAAGAUUCUCUUUUUACUAAGAUACCUUCUGGGUGCCAUUAUGAGUGACCAACUUAAAUUUAUCGUUGAGAAGCUCAACAAGGAGCCCUUUAAGAAGAACUUCAAUUUAAUCACAUUUGACUCAUUGGAAUCAAUGCAGCUGUUACAAUUGCUCAAUGAUGUUCUGGGAGAGAUUGACCCAAAGCAUGUUGUUGACAUUAGAGAAGAAUUGCCAGAGCAGACUGCUAAACGGAUGUUGAGCCUUCUUGGCAUUCUUAAAUAUAAACCUCCAGGAGGCACCAGUGACUUGAGUACGUUCCGCCAGGGUUUAGUAAUUGGAAGCAAGCCUGUAAUUCAUCCUGUCUUGCAUUGGCUCCUUCAACGGACAAACGAGCUGAAGAAAAGAGCCUACCUUGCACGCUUCCUAAUCAAAGUGGAUGUGCCAGCCGAGUUCCUUCAAGAUGAUACUGUGGCUGAUACCAAUAGACAGUAUGAAGAGCUGAUGGAAGCCUUCAAAAACCUACAUAAAGAAUGUGAACAGCUUAAGACAUCUGGUUUCUCAACUGCAGAAAUACGAAGGGAUAUCACUGCUAUGGAAGAGGAGAAGGAUCAGCUGAUGAAGAGAGUAGAGCGUCUUAAGAAGCGGGUGGAGACAGUGCAGAAUCAUCAGCGGAUGCUUGAAACAGCAAGGCAGCUUCGAGUAGAGAAGGAGAGAGAGGAAUCUCUUGCCCAGCAGAAGCAAGAGCAGAAAAAUCAGCUGUUUCAUGCAGAGCAGAGGCUGCAAAGAGUCCAACUCCAGCUCAAGGAUAUGCGUCAUGCAGCAGUGGAUUCAAAGCCAGAAAGCUUAAUGAAGAGACUGGAAGAGGAGACAAAGUUCAAUACAUAUUUGGUCUCUGAAAAAUUUCCUAGGGAACUGGAAACGAAGAAGCAAUCACUGUACUUCUUGCAAAAAGUGGUUGCAGAGCCAGCAAUGGGCCAGUCUGAUCUCAACGAACUUGAAGCCAAAAUAAAUGAGGUCAAUGCACAAAUCAAUCAGUUAAUAGAGAAGCGGAUGAUGAAAUACGAACCAAUCGACAGUAAAUUUUCAAUGUAUAGGCAACAGGCCUCCAUCAUUUCCCGGAAGAAGGCAGCCAAAGCCGAAGAACUUCAGGCUGCCAAGGAAGAGCUGUCCAACUUAGAGAGGCAAGUGUUGCAAAAGUCAAGCCAAGCCAGGGAGUUGAACGGUGCAGAAGUCUUGAAAGGGGAUGAGUUUAAGCGUUACGUGAAUAAGCUUCGGAGCAAAAACACACUUUACAAAAAGAAGCGCCUGGAAAUAGCAGAAAUUACAGCUGAGUAUGGCAUCCUGCAGAGAACAGAGGAGCUCCUACAGCAACGCCACGAGGAUAUCCAGCAGCAGCUGCAAGCAAUUGAAGACAAGAAGGGCAUCUCUGGCUAUAGCUAUACACAGGAAGAGCUGGAGAGAGUCUCUGCAGUGAAGAGCGAAAUGGAUGAAAUGAAGGGUCGGACUCUGGAUAACAUGUCCGAAAUGGUGAAAAAACUGAAUGCUAUGGUGGCUGAUAAGAAGUCAAGCCUUGCUCCGAUUAUCAAAGAUUUAAGGCAAUUGCGACAGAAGUGCCAGGAAUUAACCCAAGAAUGCGGAGAGAAAAAAUCCCAGUAUGACAGCUGUGCAGCGGGCUUGGAGAGUAACCGUUCUGCACUGGAGCAGGAGGUGAAGGGCCUUCAUGAGGAAUGUGUUCAGGAGGAAAGCCGCUAUCAUCAUAUCAACUGCAUGAAACGGAUUCUAGAAGUCAACCUUCAGCGCGCUAAAGAUGAGAUGAAGAUGUACGUCUCUUCAGACCCACAGGAAAGAAGAAAGGCAAUCAGGGAACAAUAUUCUCGGAUGAUUACAGAACAUGAAAACCUUGGAAAGAAGCUGCGAGAGAAGCAGAAGGCUGUACGGGAAAGCCAUGGUCCAAAUCUGAAGCAGGUGAAAAUGUGGCGAGAUUUCCAGCUACUCAUGGAGUGCAAGAAGGAAUGUUUUCUCAAGCAGCAAAACCAAGCGUCCAUUGGCCAGGUCAUUCAGGAAGGAGGAGAGGACCGGCUGGUCUUAUGAAUCUAGCUGCUUGGUACCCUGGCACUAUUAAGCAAGGGAUAUUUCCUCAGCAGUUUUAUAGUGAACAUUGGUUUAGUUCUACAACUCUUUCUACACAAGUUAAAUUUCUUGUUGCUGAUGUUCAGGGGCUUAGCUACAAGGGUGGCUGGAAAGAUCUCAGCCUAAAUAGAGAAUGGUGUUGGUUUCCCAAUUUGACUGAGAACCUUUCAGCCACCCCUUGUAUUAGAGAGAGAAGAUAAUGGUCAUUCUACAAGCACUGCAGAUGGAAAGUCACUCCAUCACUUGGAGGCUGGUUUAUGAAUGGUUUAAGCAGUGGGGAAGGGCUCAGAGUGAAAUUACUGCAUGGAAAUGGUAGGCUGAGAGUUGGCUGUUUUGACAGAGAAGCCAAGUUGAAAGAUACUCUCUCCCCAGGCCCAGAAAAGUUGGAGUUCUAAUUCUGGAAAGUAUCUACAUCUGAGCUUAUAUAGCAGGAUAAACUAUGCCAUAGAGCCAAACCGACGUGCAAGAAGCCCAGGUGCCCCACUCAGUUAUGCCCAAAGCUGACAUCUUGCUCCCUCUUGGUCAAGGCUUGAAUUCUUGACACGUCUUCCAGAAUUUUAAACAUGCUUUUUUCUUCAAAAUAUGUACAGGCCUGUAACUUCAUUUAGGGUGAUGUUUAUAUGACCAUCUCCUGGCUCCAGCCAGAGUUGUAUAGUUUCCCAAGGAUGCAGGUUGGAAUGUUUGCCUCCUGAACUCUGGUGAGGUAUACCAGAUCACCACCAUGUGGGAAAAAGAUCAUAUGUUGGUCCUUAGAAGACAGUCUGUGGUUGAGAUCUGGAGACUUUGGAUGAUAAAAACUGGAUAAGCCCUUUGCUGAUCCUGGUUGUUGUGAUUCCUCUGUGGCCUCAUGUUUGUUUAUUUUUACUGUUGUUUUGUCUUUGGUAUUUGUUUAUAUUCUGCACAAAUUUAAUAAAAACAAUUUUUAAACAAGAA